GCGGGCUGCAGUCGAGGCGCCGGGCGGGCGCGGAGCCGGCGGCGGAGCGUUGUGCGGCUGCGGGAAAGGCGCGGGGCGAGACGACGACAACGACACCGACACUCCCGCCGCUUCUCCGGGACUCAGCCGAGCAUGGAGUAAGCCGGCUCACCGGCUGCGGCCGCCAGCCUGGGACAGCGGCAUGCGCCGCCCGCCGCACUAAGGCGGCAGCGAGUCAGCGAAGCGAAGCGAGCCCCGCGGCCGGGUGUGAGCGCCACUGAAGCGGCGGCGGUUCUUCCCGGCGGCCUCCUCGGUGCCGGCGCGGGGCUGUGCGGGGAGGGGGCCGCGGCGCCGCCCCCGCCUCCUCCCCUCCCCUUCCCUCCCCUGGCCCGGCGCGGGCAGAGGCGGGCGGGCGCUAUGAGCGCGGCGCCCUGAGGGGCCGGCGGAGCGGGGCUCGCCCCGAGCAGCGUCCCCCCGGAGGGGCCGCCACCGGCGGAUCGGACUCGGCUGGGACCUGCCGUGAUUCCCCUGGCUCCUCCCAUGGCAUGAGCCCGUGCUCUCCUCCUCCCCACCGCCACCCCACAUCGCCUGCUUUCGGUCCUUCUCCGUUCCUGUGCUGUCAGAUGGGAUAAAACACACCCCCCCUCCUUCCCGGGGCGUGCGGGGCUCGGGCGGCGGAGGCGGCAAACGCCGGUGAUCGGCCGUCGGGAGUCGAAGAUGAGCUGGCGGUGGGCUCGCCAGCACCGGAACGGCGGCUCCUCCGUCCCGUUGCUGCUGCUGCUGCCGCUGCUGCUGUUGCUGUGGCACGGCCGGGGGGGCGCCGACAACGCCAGCCAGGCCUAUUACACCGCCCUCAUCAACGUGACGGUGCUGAGCCCCGAGCGGGGCGGCCCCACGCUGCUGCGCAUCGACCGUGGGCGCUACGGGCAGGACUCCCCCAAGGUGGAGGUGAAGGGGCUGCUGGUGGCUCCCGUCCCCAUCAACGGAGUUGCAGAUCGCCUGGGCUGUGACCCUCGAACGCGUUUCCAGGUCCCACCAAACACCAAGCAGUGGAUCGCUCUGCUGCAGCGAGGAAACUGCACCUUUAGAGAGAAAAUACUGCGCGCAGCGUCGCACAAUGCCACAGCCGUGGUCAUUUACAACAAUAUAUCCAGUGAAGAACCUGUCACGAUGACUCAUCAAGUUGCAGAUCGCCUGGGCUGUGACCCUCGAACGCGUUUCCAGGUCCCACCAAACACCAAGCAGUGGAUCGCUCUGCUGCAGCGAGGAAACUGCACCUUUAGAGAGAAAAUACUGCGCGCAGCGUCGCACAAUGCCACAGCCGUGGUCAUUUACAACAAUAUAUCCAGUGAAGAACCUGUCACGAUGACUCAUCAAGGAACUGGAGACAUUGUUGCUGUCAUGAUUACAGAAUCAAAGGUCAAGGAGAUCCUGAAUUACUUGGAAAAGAAUAUCUCUGUCCUGAUGGCAAUAGCAGUGGGAUCCCGUGUUCCUCCAAAAAACUUCAGUCGGGGCUCUCUAGUCUUUGUGUCAAUAUCAUUCAUUGUUUUGAUGAUAAUUUCUUCAGCAUGGUUAAUAUUUUACUUCAUCCAGAAGAUCAGGUACACAAGUGCACGUGACAGGAAUCAGCGUCGUCUGGGAGAUGCUGCCAAGAAAGCCAUCGGUAAAUUGACAACCAGGACAGUAAAGAAGGGUGAUAAGGAAACAGACCCAGACUUUGAUCAUUGUGCUGUCUGCAUUGAGAGUUACAAGCAGAACGACGUUGUUCGCAUUUUACCAUGCAAGCAUGUUUUCCACAAAGCCUGUGUGGAUCCAUGGCUUAGUGAGCACUGUACGUGUCCAAUGUGUAAACUGAACAUUUUGAAGGCACUGGGAAUUGUGCCAAACGUGCCAUGUACAGAGAACGUAGCCUUUGACAUGGAGAGGCUCACCAGAGGCCAGCCAGCAAGCAGGAGGUCAGCACUUGGCGAUUUUGCCAACGACAGCUCUCUCAGCCUGGAGCCCCUGCGCACCUCUGGGAUGUCACAGCUGCCCCAGGACGGAGAGCUAACGCCAAGGUCAGGAGAGAUCAACAUCGCUGUGACAAAAGAAUGGUUUAUUAUUGCCAGUUUUGGCCUCCUCAGUGCCCUUACACUCUGCUACAUGAUCAUCAAAGCCACAGCUAGCUUGAAUGCUAAUGAAGCAGAAUGGUAUUGAAGAAACGCUUUCCGGACGAUUGCCUUGGAGAGAGACACCUAUUUUUAAGCAUCAUUUAUCGAUCAUGCAGCACAAGCAAUUAUUUAGUACAUUCUAUUUUUUCAUAAAAUUUGCUGAUGCCAAAGCUUUGUAUUAAGGAAAAAGUGAAGAAAUAAAUAAAAAAAACUUUAAUUAUGAAA